AUGGAGUAUUAUAUGUCAUCAAAGCACAUGGAUAUUAUAAACUUCGAUAAACUAACAGAUGUGAAAGUGCUUAGUAAGUUUUUCUAUGAUAUAGUUGUUUGUCGUAUAGAUGGAUUGGUUGAUACUGUUUCACAUUUUAUGAGAAUCAGUUUCAUUCAGCAUUUUACUUAUACUUUUGCCUUCGUUAUAAACUAUUGCUAG